AGGGACAAAAGGAGAGAAUCAUAUCAAUUAAAAAAUUUGAAAAUUGCAGAGGAAGACAAAAUUGGACAAUGUCAUGGCAGAAUUUCAGGAUAAACUAUAAAAAAGACACGAAAGAAACCAUCAUGAACAUAAAUCUCAUUAUCAAAGAAGAAGUUUCAACGCAAUUUGCGAUGUCCUUCAGCUUCUUGAAAUGCGACACUUCUGGUAACCCUGACAGUUGCGAGUUUUUCUUCAAAGAUCAAAGGAUAGAAAACGCUUGCAAGUAUUUUACUAUGAAGGACCAGUCUUGGAGCGGAUUUGUCGGAUAUUUUGACAAGGAGCUAAAAUGCCCUCUAAAACCUGAUACAUAUCGUCUUCAGAAUAUGGUUUUAAACUCGAGUGGUUUAGACAAAUUCCCACUAAAAGACGCAGUUUGGAAACUCAACAUGGGUGGCUACGAUAAACUUCGAAAAAUAUCCUGUGCCGAGAUGGAAAUUAAUAUUCUUACUGUUAAGAAGCGUCAGAAUAACUAACUUCUAAAUAUUCACUGGAGA